GCACCAACUUGUUGCAAAGCCAAAUCAACAAAAACACCAUCUCUAUCAGCUUCACAAACACAAAUUGGAGUCGCGCUGAACUCGCUUCGUCGUUAAAAAACGCUACCCUGAAAUCACCGCCGGAGUUUACCGUCUACCUCCAUAAACAGUGAGAAACUCGUCCAGAUCAAGAUGUCUCGAAGAUAUGAUAGCCGUACAACAAUCUUCUCUCCUGAAGGACGUCUUUACCAAGUGGAGUAUGCAAUGGAGGCUAUUGGAAAUGCUGGUACUGCCAUUGGAAUCUUGUUAAAAGAUGGGGUUGUUCUGGUUGGCGAAAAGAAGGUGACAUCCAAGCUUCUGCAAACCUCAACUUCAACUGAGAAAAUGUACAAGAUUGAUGAUCACGUUGCAUGUGCUGUUGCUGGGAUUAUGUCUGAUGCAAACAUCCUAAUCAAUACUGCUAGGAUCCAAGCACAACGUUACUCAUUUGCUUACCAAGAGCCAAUGCCUGUUGAACAGUUGGUUCAAUCUCUUUGUGAUACCAAACAGGGUUACACACAAUUUGGUGGUCUCCGUCCGUUUGGAGUCUCUUUCCUGUUUGCAGGAUGGGACAAAUUUUUUGGCUUUCAGCUUUACAUGAGUGAUCCUAGUGGAAAUUAUGGCGGUUGGAAAGCCGGUGCUAUUGGUGCCAACAACCAGGCAGCACAAUCAAUUCUAAAACAGGACUCAAAAGAAAAAAGAACACACCAGACCUUACCAAGAUAAACUGUUUCCUAAUUGGCACUAGGGAAUUGCCUCCUCCGGUUGCACAACCAUAUCAAAUACUUCCUACUGCAGCAGAUGACAGAACACCAUCCUCAAAAUUGUUUAAGUUAAAAUCACCAUGUAUUCCUGUAUCAGACUUGCAGGUACCACCUGUGCAAGUUCCACGAUGUCCAAUAAUACCAUUGCUAGUUAUUGCUCCUUGGUUAAAUAAUUCAACAUGUUAAUCACACCAAAUAUAGCCAGUAACCGCUUGGGCGUAAACCAAGAAGUUGCAGGAGUCAUGGUAGGGACUUGGGUGGUUGGCUACCAAGCUGCUUAGUGAUGAUUGUCAUGUCAGAGAUGCGCAUAUCACCGUCAUCAUAUCCUCUUCCAUAGAAAUCCUUUGAAGCCACAUCCAGAGUUGAUAGACUAGAGGCAGCAGAUGAAUAAUUGUUUGAUGGAUUCAAUUGAUCUGAAAUCCAUAACCGUGGAAACCGUUC